AUGUCCAACGACCAGAACCCCGGUCUUCUCGGCGGCCUAGGCGACACACUAGGUAAAACCGUCGGCGGUCUCACAGACACUCUAGGCAGCACAGUCGGUGGCCUCGGAUCAACCGUUGGCGAUGCCACGUCAGGCCUUGGGAAGACUGUUUCAGGAGCUACGGAGGGACUGGGCAACACAACGAAGAGCGCGGGACAAGGUGUUCAGAAUGGAGUUUCGAGUAUUGGGGGUCAGAAGCAGACUGCCGAGAAUCCGUUGGGACUGAAUCAAUAA